AUGAAUUAUAGAUUCAUUUCAUUUUCAAUUAUAGAUUCAUCAUCUAAAGCUAAAACUCUUUUAAUAGCUAUGUCUCCUAUAAGCAGAAUACCUCAAGGCAUUGAUAAUGAUAUAUUAGCUGCAUUUGAAUGUAUUCAAAAUGUAGUAACUAUUUUGAAAAAUAUGCGUACAAAUUGUGAUACAGUAUUUAAGCAAAUAUUUGAUGAGAGCUGUUCAUUAAUGAAAGACUUUGAAAUUGAAGUAAAAACUCCAAGGUUAUCUAAACGUCAAACUCAACGUUCUAAUCACCCAUCUGAAACUACAGAAGAUUUUUAUAGGGUGUCUCUAUUUAUACCAUUGGUGGAAAAUGUGUUAGAAGAUUUUAAGUCACGGUUUUUAAGUAAACAAAACCAGACAGUAACAAUUUUGAGUCAACUUAUACCAAAAUUUAUUGUAGAUGUAAAUUAUGAAAAGAUUGACUCAAUAGUAUCAAUAAUGAAAAAUGGUUAUAGAUUUGAUGAUGACUUAUUAGAACUAUUGGAAGAAUCACAAUUAAAAUCAGAAAUACAACUAUGGAAAGAAAAGUGGAAAUCAAUAAAAAAUGAAGGUGGAGAUGUAAUAAAAUAUGCAUUAACAGCUAUUGUCCAAUGUAAUGGUAUACUGUACCCAAAUAUUAAAAAAAUGUUGUAUACAAUUGCAUGCUUGCCUACUACUGUUGCCUUUGCUGAGCGUAGUUUUUCGACACUAGGAAGGUUAAAAACUUGGUUGCGGUCAAACAUGGGGCAAGAUCGCUUAGUUGGAUUGGCUUUACUAAAUAUACACAGGAACAGGGACAUACAAAUAGAUGAAGUUAUUGAUAUGUUUGCUGCCACAAAAAAAAGAAAUAUUGACUUAAUAAUAUAA